CUGUGGUCCAGCUCACCAAACUUGUCAGCUCCUUGGCCAAGAACAAAAAGAGCGACCUCGAGAGUAUCCUGGAUCAGGGAGGAGCUUCCGCGUCGAGCGACGGAUCUGGUUUGGGAAGUGGUCGCAAAAAUGCCGCGGCCCAUCGCCUGCUCAUAAAGGCCUUUCAGGAGAACCCAAGGUUGAUUUACGAAUCGCUGGAGGCCAACAUGGUCGCCGAUUUUGGCGUUCAGCCCACGCUCCCUGGUCAUCCUGGUGGGGCUCCAAGUGCUCGGGCAUGGCUCUCUGCUCGGAGUCGCAUCGGAAACUUUCACAAUCAUGUCCGGUGGGUUUGGCAGGUUGCGGGGAUAUUAGACGACCUAGUUGCCGGCAACGCCGAACGCGCACGUGCGCGAGCAGCUCUACUAAUAGCCGCCGCAGACCAGGCUUCAAUCGAUGGCGGCAGUUGGGCCCUCUCAACUGUCUCCCUUCUCGAGCCGGUUCCUCCGUUUCAAGAUUUCUCGCGACACUCGGCGCCCCAGCCUGCGGAGGCUCAGAGCUCAGCCCUGUACGAUCCUCGUUGGACCGAGGUGUUCCUCGGGGUUCUCAAGGAGCGGGAUACUUGGAACGAAACCCGAAAGAAGCUCUCCGGGCAGAGAGCCAGGUCAGGAAAGCAAGUGAUUUAUGAUGUGGAGGCGCAGGCGGCUGCGGCAAACUGCGAGGAUGCAGAAGCCGGUACCGGGUUGUGCUCUUUUGCUACCAGCAGCAUGCGCAAGACCUUUGUGUCCUAUCAGGGCGCGAACAAAUGUCGAAAUUCUCCUCAUCAUGUGUGGCCCAUGCCUAUGCCUUAUCCAGCAGCCUGCUCCUUGGAUCCGGGUACAGUUGGAGACACUGACUUGAAGAAGAUUGUCACCAACCUCCUUGUGAUCUCUUUUAACUACCUGGACCUGGGGCGACCUACGCGAGCUCCUGACGAUUGCCUUGGAGGCAACCGCCUGAAUGAGGCUCAGUGGGAGCAAGUGCUACGGCUUGAGAGUUUCCUUGAUGCUUGGUUUGAGAUCGGCAUCCUCACAGCCGAGACCAUGGGCAGGACAGCUGGAAAAGUAGAGGACCUUGAGCGUUUGUUGUCCAGCCUCCGAGUCUGGAAGCGUGACCAUAAAAUUAGUGAUGAAGUUGGCCAGAGGAGAAGCACUGAAUGUGGAACCUUCAAAGGGCCAAAAAUCAGCACUUUCAAACAGGUCGAAGCUUCCAGACUGCAGUUUCGUGGGCGGCCGGAGUUUGACCCGAAGCCUUAUUUAGAUUCAACCACGAGAGCAAUUUAUGAGAACCCCUUCAAGCACUCAGUCAGUCCUGAACAAUUCGAGGGAGAAGUUCGCUCGAAAUACACCAGUGGCGUCUUUGCGGUGCUUAAGUCGCUCAGCCUCGACAGACUCAUACUUGUGAAACACUUCAAAUCAUUUCGCGACUCCUUCAGAGGGGUUGUGAUCGACGACCACGUUUGCCUCAGCAUCGAAAGGCGGGGACCCGACAGCGUGAAGUUUGCACCCACGGACGGCGCAAUCCUCGCUGACACUGCGCAGGAGAUCUACAAAGGAGUCAAUUUGAUUCCCCACGAGGCCAAGGCGGUCCGUGUUAUUUUGGAUGUCCUCGAGAUUGGGAUUGUGACGGUCAACCUUCUCGAAGUCAUAGCAGGUUGGGGAGAAGCCGUGGUCAGUCUGCAAACUUCCGAGCCCUUCGCAAAGGAGAUGUGGGUCCGCUGGACAGUUUUCUUGUCGAUCACGGUUGCGUUGCUGCACCAGUGGUUGCCGAUCGACUUCGUGAAGCUGCUGGGCAAUGCGCGGCAGCAGGCGACGACGACACUCGUUCAGGAGAAACUUUUCCAGGCUUACCCAAAGGGAGUCUCGCUUUGCAUAGCCAUGUCCUUAAGUGCUGCCGCUGGGGAUCGACCUGACUUUGUCGAUCUGGAUAUUGCAGGAUGCGCCAAGGCUUCAUGCAACAGGAUUGGUGAAGCCAUCAACCCAGGGCCUGGCGUCGGCAAUGCGGAGGCGCGAGCUGCUCGACGGCGAGGUGUUUCUCUUCAAGAGGUCCCACUAGUUGAGCCCAAGACACAGAGUCUGGAGCAGAAGCUCUGGAGUGGCUUUCUCGAAUGGGUCCAUGAACAUUGCAGCUGCACUGGGGCCGAGCAGCUACUGCAGAGCUCUGUUACUACUUCGGCUCUUUUGAAGGAGUACGGAGCUCAUUUAUUUGAAUGCGGCGCCACUCUUUCAUCCUUCAGGCACCUCAUCACGUACGCGCAGAGAAAUUAUGCUGAUUUCAGACAUCAUGCGAAAGCUUGCUGGAAUUUGGUGUCUCAAUGGGAACAGUUAGAGCCGUUAGUGCACCGACCACCUUUACCCCACAAGAUGGGUGAAGCCAUGGCUGCCGUAGCACUGAGCUGGCAUUGGCCCAGAUUUGGGCUCCUUCUCCUCAUCGCUUUCUUCGGGAUCAUGCGUAUUGGGGAAGUCCUGCAGCUGACGCGAGCAGACCUGGUGCUCCCGUCCGACCUGCUCUCAGACAAGAAGGACCAGCUCUUUGUCAAGGUGAGCGCGGCGCGGUCUUUGCCUACCAAAGUGGUGUUGGUGUCGCAGACCUUGUCUGGAGGAU